AUGGAGGAUGUUGUGGGACUUCUUAGAAUCCGAGUUAAAAGAGGGAUUAAUCUUGUUAGUCGAGAUUCUCUUGGCAGCGACCCUUUCGUUGUCAUAACCAUGGGUCCUCAUAAACUGAAGACUCGUGGUGUGGAAAACAACUGUAAUCCAGAGUGGAACGAUGAAUUGACGCUUGCAGUCAAAGAUCCUAAUGAAUCUGUGAAUCUUACAUCAAGCCGUUUCUUGAGGCUCAACCAAUGGAUUCAAGAACUCUCUGAUGGAAUCGAGAUCCGUAGUGUGAAGCCGAGUAGAGACAACUGCUUGUCUGAAGAGAGCAAAAUCAUCUCCAGCAACGGAAAGAUCGUCCAAGACAUGAUUCUUGGGUUGAGAAAUGUUGAAAGCGGUGAGGUUGAGAUUCAAAUCGAGUGGACCAAUGUCCCAGGUUCAAGGGAUCUUUGA